AUGGGAACUUUUACAUUCCAGUGGCCUCACAAUGCGAGCGAAGUGUUCGUCACAGGCACUUUCGAUGAUUGGGGUAAGACGGUGAAACUGGACCGGGUGGACGACAUCUUCACCAAAGAAGUGACUAUUUCUCCUAUACAAAAAGUCCACUACAAGUUUGUUGUCGACGGUAUUUGGACUACAAAUCCCGACGCACGCGAAGAAGAAGACGGACAUAACAACGUCAACAACGUCCUCCUACCAGAAGAGAUCAAUUCCGACUCCGCCCCCACUAUGUCCGGCGUGACCCCUGAUUCUACAACCGCGGCUCUUGCUGCUAACGUUCCCAAGGAGCCCAAUGGGAAUCUACCUGGUACCUUCCCUGAGACGCCGGGACUGGAAUCCGAACAGACCUUGUCCGUGGAUCCCAUCCCAGCGUCGGAGGGUUAUGGCAACCCCGUCAGCCUGAACCCGGGCGAGAAAGUCCCUCACCACAGCACCCUUCACAACAACACCGUUGACUCGACUGUCACUUUGGACAAAGAGUCAUAUGAGAAGGGCCAAACCCUCCCUAUUGACGGGAUCCAGAACACCGCUGAUACUGGCGCUUCCCCAUAUACCCUUCCCCCAAUCACAAACAACAUGAUUCCCGAAUCCAGUCUUCCGAUGGGUGGACCCGCGCAGCGCGCCGCCAGUGAGGCCGAGCCAAUUUAUACUGGAGCUCCGGUGCAGGCAACGUUGGCCGAUCCAGGAUACAACAUCCAGUCCGCUGGCCCCAACUCGACCACGGCUGCACUGGCUGCUGCCGUGCCGCUGGAGCCCAAGGGCAAGGAGACUAACGGCGAGCCCGUCGAUGAGGUCCCGCAGGUGGUGAAGGACUCGUUGGCCGAGGCCCACAGAGACCCUGAGGCUGCUGCGUACCAAGAAGCAGUCGACGAGAAGAAGGCUAUCGAGGAGGAACUCCACAAGAAGGUCCAUCUUGAAGAGUCCGCGGGCGCUCCGGCCCCUACCGUCACUGCGGCCACCCAGGCCGUUGCGCCCCAGCUCGCUGUUGUUAGUGGGGUAGACUCCGCAGAUGUGUCGCCGCUUUCGACUCCUCCGCCCGGCCGCAAUUUUGCUGCUGCUAUCCCAACGUCGGCGCCCAAGACCGAGUCCAGUGGGCCCACUGUCACAACUGGCCCUGAGACUACUUCUACUGCUGAAACCUCGACUCCCAAGGCUGAACCCGCCGGUCCCACUGUGACGACUGGAGUUGAGUCUGCUCCGGCACCUACUACUUCGACCGCCAAGCCCGCAGAACAGUCUCGCAAACAGUCCCACAGCACUGAAGGUGCUUCUUCUAAUGGCGAAAAGAAGAAGAAGCACCGCAUGAGCAGCUUUUUCGGCAAGCUCAAGGAGAAGCUUAAGUAA